AUAGUGGCACACCACACCUGUGUAUUUUGUUGUGUCACGUGAUCAAAUGCUUUGGUUACAAUAAACAGGUACAACACUGGGAAGGGUCAGUUGACGUAACGAGGGUUAUCGUGUGCGGUGGGGACAGGCAACAAGUGACGAAACUCUCUCAUCUUUGUUUUUCAGCCCCCGGAAAGAUGAUCUUUUGUAGAUGACACAGGUGUGAACUUGUUUUGUAGUCUUAAAGCUCACCUGGCUGCCAGAAAGAUGGAAGAUCAAGAAACUAAGGAGGUGGUGGUUUAGCUACCUUUUUGCUUACCUUCUUGCAUGGCACAUUUGUAAGGAAUCGGCUCUAUCCACUGAACUUGCAUGCACAUGCCGGCCUACCCCUGAGAACCAAUGAGCUCUCACGCCGUAAGCCAGUCGGAGUACGAGACUGCCACAGGGUCAGAAAACUCUGAGUUUGACGAUGACAAGUCUAACAGAGGCAGGCCAAAUAUGGAAGGUGGGGAUGACGUGCCCCUUAAGCCCUUUGGCAAGAAGCUUCCCCCGCUAAAUAUCCCAAACGGCGUAGAAGCCUACCUUCCCGGGAACGAUUUAAACGGAACAUUGCUUAUGCCACCUGACCUGAUCAAGAAGAAGAAGAGAAAGAAGAAGAAAAAGUCGCUGGAGGUGAAAGGAUCCAAGAUGCCGUUGACGCCGCGGGAUCCGCCGCCCCCACCCCCGCCGCCUCCUCCUCCCCCACCCCCCGUGCCAAAGCGUAUAGACUACGUGCUCGUUUACAGGAACCCGGACCUGGACAUAGAGAAGGACUACAAGUGGGAGAGGAGGAUCGCGGACAGACAGAAGUUUACACAGAGGAUGAAGGAGGAAGGUCUGGAGAUGGAAGAGGAGGAGAUAGGAGACAAUAUGGUGGUGAAGAUCCACUGUCCCUUCGAGAAGCUGAGCAGGGAAGCUGAGAAGGUGAAGCUGGAGAUGCCAUUAGCAGGGGCCAAAAUAGAGAAGAAACCAUACAAAGGUUUGCUAGGCAGACUCCACGCUUAUCUGGAAACUGACGAUGAAGACUGGGCUGAUUACGUCAGCGCACCUUUUGAGCACAGCAAGCGCUUCCUCUUCCAAGGCAUCGAAAAUGAAGACACCUUCUUCAGACCAGCUACAAGGUCUUUGUUGGUUCAUCACAUUUUGAUCAACAUCGACAUCAGGGAAAACAAGAGAGAAGAUGAUGGGAUGAGAGCAAAAGGGCUUCCGUACCUCCUGAUGAGGGGCUCGUACCAGGACGCCUUCAUCCUCCACGACGAAUCAGAGCUGGAGUACGAAGACGAAGACGAGAACAGGAACCGGAAGCGGCGCAGGAAGGGCCCGUCAGAGUGGGACUACCGCGAGGACCCGCGACAGGAUCUGAACGACACGUGGACGCUGUGGACCAAGUACCAGCCCAUGUGGAGGAUCAGGAACUACUUUGGAGAGAAGAUUGGGUUCUACUUCGCCUGGCAGGGGACACUGAUCACUACCCUGUGGUUCCCUACACUGUUGGGACUCUGUAUCUUCUUCUAUGGGCUCUACCUCAGUAUUCUGAGGUACCAGAAUGGCAGGGAACUACAGACAGAGGUCCCUGACACCAACACAACACUACUCAACGGCACAGUAGCAGCAUCUAACCAAACUGACUCAAGUCUGCUGUCAGACAUUGCAGACUUUGCAGAGGACACGUUAGGAAUUAUAAAGGAGUCUUUUGAUAAUGCAGCUACACCAUACUUUGCACUGGUCAUAUGUCUGUGGGGCACAAUUUUCCUAGAGGUAUGGAAGAGAAGGAAUGCCACCCUGGCCUAUGAGUGGGACGUGGACAACUUUGAGAACACAGAGCCUGACAGGCCUCAGUUCUAUGGUACAAAGGUCAAAGAGGACCCAGUGACAGGGCAGGAAGUGUGGUACUACCCAUUCCAGAAACAGUUCACCAAGUUUCUCACUUCAUGUUCAGUCGUCAUAUUGAUGAUUUGUAUCGUGAUCAUCAGCAUGAUAGGAGUCAUCAUCUACCGAGUCUGGGCACGCAUCUUCUUUCAGAGCGGAGACAUGUUCACGAGACUGAUGCUGUCCACCGUCUGCUCAUCCUGCAUGAACGCAGUGUCGAUCAUGCUGCUCGGAUGGGUAUACAAGUGGAUAGCUGUGAAGUUAACAGACUGGGAAAACUUCAGAACGCAGACGAGAUAUGACGAUGCCCUGAUCAUCAAGCUCUUUGCGUUCCAGUUUGCUAACAGCUAUGCCUCACUGUUUUACAUCGCUUUUGUGAGAAAGCAUGGCGAAACCUUCUUCACGUGGUUCGGACUCCCUCUGAAGGACGACUGUGGCAUAGACGAGACGUGUAUGUCAGAACUGUCGUUCCAAGUUCUCAUCCUCAUGCUCUUCAAACCUGCACCCAAAGUCUUCACUGACCUCCUGCUCCCUUGGUUAAAGAAGAAGUGGAAACAGUGUAAGUGCUGUUUCAACAACAAGAUAGACAAGUCCAUCGACACGGCCGACACACGCUUACCCGUCAACGACUUCAUCGAGAAGGAGAGACAGAAGCCGGAGCUGGGAGACUUCACCCUGUCAGAGUACAACGAGAAGGUCAUACAGUACGGGUAUCAGAUGCUCUUUGCAGCAUCCUUCCCCCUGGCGCCUCUGCUGGCCAUACUGACCAACCUGUUUGACAUGAGAGUGGACGCUCGUAGACUGUUGUGGUGGAACAGGAGGCCGCUGGCCCUCAUCGCCCAGGACAUCGGUACCUGGUACUCUAUCCUGGAGUUUGUGAACGUUGCAGGAGUCAUCAGUAAUGCCUUCCUGGUGGCAUUCACAGCAACAUACUUCCAGAGUUUCUCCACCAUCGACAAGCUCUGGGUGGUCAUCGUUUUCGAGCAUCUUGUGUUUGCUGUGAAGUGGAUCAUUGCGUACAUGAUUCCUGACGUUCCUGCGUCUGUCAGACUCGCCAUCAGGAAGAAUCAUUUCAAAGUCAAACAAAUCUUCGAGGAGGCGUAUGCUGAUGAGAUGUUCAGAGCGGACAUGGAAAAAUUCCAGGUGUCGAAGCUGAUGUCAGGUUUCCCGUCCACGGCGGCGUUUGUUGAACCGAGGUCGCAGGUGUCCUGGGACGACCACGACGCUGACAUCCCGUCACCAUUCAAACCAUACACGAUAACAGAUGGCGGACACUCGACAUCGGGGUACGCAACACAGACCACCGCGAUAGCAAGCUCUGCUAUGGACCAAGCUUACCCUGACAGCACCUCUCGCAAGCAAAAUGGAAACGAAAUGGGUGAAGACUACACUCUGCAAGAUACACAGGGGUCACCAUAUACUGUGCAGAGUUCCCCAAGCGGCAACUUUCUCCAUCUUCUUGCUCAGGGUAGCAGGCGGUUAGAGAAAGGGAAAAGCGAUAACUGGUACAUGCCAUCUGAGUCUCACGUAGAGAUGGAACAGGAUGACAUGUUGACUAACCCAAGACUGACCUAUGGGGAUGAUGGGGAGACCUACGUGGGUGGGGAGGACAAGUUUCCGGGGGAGAGUCGGCACAGGAAGAAGAAGAAGAAGAAAGACAGGUCGGAGAAGACGGUAGCCAGCGAGGAACAAACCGAAUCCUACGCUUAAGAGAGUUUUAUUGAAGGAAGAGAUAAUAAAGGUAGAAACAAGUGACUCUUCAACUUCAUCCUGGACUUUUCAUCAUGGAAAUGCAACAUUUGUAUCUCAGUAUCAGUUUGCUGUGGCAUGAUUGCAAAGAAAACUUGUCUAGUAACAUUAUAUGAAGUGCAGUACCUAUAUUAUAAAAGUCUGAGAUUCUACAUCUGGAGUAGUUAUCUACAGUAAAUAGAUUUUGCUAAAAACUAUAAUAAUUGACAUAAUUUACAAACAUGCAACAGUCCUUACAUGGAGUUGUUAAGUGCAGUUGUUGAAGGUUGCAGUAGCCACCUUGCAGUUAACGUCAAUACUGCAACUUACCCAGACUUCUUAGCGUUUAUUGCUUGAUUGGCAUUCCAUUAACAUGACUGACAAAGACUAGAUAAUGCAUUUAAGAUAACACAGAAAAUCUGUUUCGUGAUGUUGUAUAAUAUUAUAAGUGUAAUAGCAUUUCAUAGAGAUAGUCAGGAAAAGGUAGUACAUGUAGUUACUUUUACCUUUGUGAGGAAGAUUCGUCUCUGCCUUUGUGAGGAAUAGUCAUCUCAUGUUUAACAAUGAUGUUGCAUGGAAAUAUACUAAUAAGACAAAAGGCGUAUUUUCAAUAAAAAGUUGUGACUGCAUGCCAAGAAACGUAAAAAUAUUUUUCACCUGAGAUUUAGAAAUCUUUUAAUGACUGCUAUGUUGUCAGAUAAGACUUGUAUACAAUUGAUGUCUAUAAAGCAGUAAAGAAGAAGACUUGCACUUUGCUGUGGCAUGAUUGUGAAGAAAAUUAUGAUAACUUUUAAUGAUAUUAUGUCAAAUGCAGUACCUAUAAGGCUGAGAUUUUUACAUCUGAUUUGUACUUCAAGUUCUCAAUCAAAUCACAAUGAACUACAGUGAUCGUAUCAUGGAUGGAGAUCAAGAAUAUGAUGAGAUAGAUGCACUGUUAUUCACAUGUCCCUUGUUUAGCUAUUUUUGUUUACGGUUUGAAUGUUUUUUGUACUGCUGUGUGUGUUUUUAUGGUAUUUGUUAGCUUGCAGUAUGGCCCAUACAGUGGGUAAGAAAGAUAUUGUUUGGUUCUGCAGUUGUCUUUUAUAUAUCGUAUAUGUAUACAUUGUUGUAUCUGAUGUAUUUUAGCUAGCAUGUCCCAGACAAGUUUAUCUUUGUGCUUAAACUAUUUUUUAAGAUCUUAAUGCAGAAGAAAUAUGUAAAUACCACAAAUGUCUCAAAGUCAUGUAAAUAUGGCAUCUUGAUUAUUGAAUGAUGCAUGUAACAUGUAAAUAUGAUAAGAUUUUUUUCUGGCAUUGUUGACAAAGAGAUUGCAUGUA